AGUAUGUCAAAACUGUCAACGAGUUGAUACGAGCUAACGCGAGUAUACAACAUCCUUUUUAUGGCGGACAUUCUGUUCGCUUGAUGUAUGUGCGAAGAACUAUAAAUAAUAUUUAGAAUAAGUUACAAUGUCGUUAUCAACAGCGCGUCCCUUGGUAAGCGUAUAUAAUGAAAAAUCGGAGGAAGUAAAAGGUACUAAUAUUGCUUUGCCAGCUGUUUUUAAGGCUCCUAUUAGACCUGAUGUAGUCAACUUUGUUCACCAACAAGUUUCUAUGAACCAUCGUCAACCCUACAGUGUUAGCGACAAAGCUGGUCAUCAAACUUCUGCUGAAUCAUGGGGUACUGGUCGAGCUGUCGCUCGUAUUCCCCGUGUUCGUGGAGGUGGUACUCAUCGUUCUGGUCAGGGAGCCUUUGGUAACAUGUGUCGUGGUGGUCGUAUGUUUGCUCCUACCAAACCAUGGCGUCGUUGGUACAGAAAAGUUAACAUAAAUCAACGCCGUUAUGCUUUAGCUUCUGCUGUAGCAGCCAGUGGUGUACCAGCUUUGGUUAUGAGCAAAGGACAUGUUAUUGAUCAGAUUCCAGAAUUGCCUUUGGUGGUCAGUGACAAAGUACAGGAAAUGACCAAAACUAAACAAGCUGUUCAGUUUUUGAGGAGAAUUAGGGCUUGGUCUGAUAUCCAAAAGGUAUACAAAAGUCAGCGCUUCCGUGCAGGAAAAGGAAAGAUGCGUAACAGGAGACGUAUCCAACGUAAAGGACCACUUGUUGUCUACUACAAAGAUCAAGGACUUCGUCGUGCCUUCCGUAACAUCCCUGGUAUUGAUUUAAUCAGUGUCCAAAAACUGAACUUAUUAAAACUUGCUCCCGGUGGUCAUGUAGGACGUUUUGUCAUCUGGACAGAAUCGGCUUUCCAACGUUUAGACAAAAUCUUUGGUACAUGGAAAAAACAAUCAUUAGAAAAGAAAGGUUACAACCUUCCUCAACCCAAAAUGGCCAACACUGACCUUUCUAGAUUGUUGAAAGCUGAUGAGAUCAAAGCAGUUUUACGUGCUCCUCAAAAGAAGGUGGUACGUCGGGUACGUCGUCUCAAUCCAUUGAAGAAUACUAAGGCAAUGCUUAAAUUGAAUCCUUAUGCAGCUGUACUCAAACGUGAAGCGAUCUUGAAGAACCAGAAGAGGCAGUUGGCAAGAGAAGAAGCAUUGGCCAAGAAACGAGGAAUUACCCUCAGUCCUGACAACGCAGUGAUUAGAACUAGAAAAUUGCAGGAAAGGAGAAGGGCACAGAUUUUGAAAGCCAGUAAGGCUAAACCCAAGAAAGCUAAGGCUCCAGCCAAAGCUGCAGGAAAGAAAUAAGCGGAUUACUGCAGUUAUUGCGUAUUGUUAAGUUUUAUGCAUUUUGACUGUGGAAAACCCGAGUUAUAUAUAAAAAAUAAAAAGUAUAAAAAUUGA